GACGGCUCAGAAUCAAUCGGAUCGUGCGAAUUUGAUAAAGGGAAAAAAGCACUUGUAAACUUGAUGGGGAAAAUGGAAAAGCCCGGCUAUGACACCAGAUAUGCAGCUGUAACGUUUUCUUCCUCCUCCAAAGUAAACUUCAAGUUCACGCCAAGCCGUACAGCAGCCAGCAAAAUUAUGAACAUUCCCUACCCAGGAGAGGGGACCAAUACUCAGGCUGGUCUAGCAGAAGCCAAGAGGCUGCUGUUUGAUGACCUUUCGUCAGGUACAAUAUAAAUUAACAAUCGAUAAAGGGCAAUACAAUGUGAAGUUCGUUUAUAAGAUCCCUUAAUUCUGGCCUCUGAGACCUUAAGAGCUCCUCUGUUUGGGUGUCUCAAAAUGUUCAUGACUAAUGGUCUGAUAAGUUUGAGUCUUACGGAACGACAAAAAAUGUUCUAAUGAUCCCAAGAACAAAACGGGAUUUCAUUUACCUUAAAAUUUUUUUUGUAGUCAACAGAGGAAGGGUGGGGGAAAUAAUUUUUUUCAUCUUGCCUUAGUAAUCAAAACAAUUCAGCCUUAAGAAAUCUCUUUGCCUUCUUUUUUUCGUGAAGGAGAACAAAAUCAAAGCAGUUGCGAACUUCAGUAUAGCCAACGACUCAAAAUCUAGCCUUUUUGAGCGCAUGACUGACCUGAUGAAAAUGUUUUUAUAUAUCCCUGGCACAUCUAGAUGAGAAGUCUUCAAACUCACAAUUUAAGUUUCUUAUUCCGUAAACACUAGGCACCAACAUUCGCUCUAAUCUUUAAACAUUUGACCUUUAUCACUGAAUACUGCAUGAAAGACUUCCUUCAAGAAGCUUGAAGAAAACGAACAUGCAUUUCACUAACUCUUAAUAUUCUUCCGUUGAUCCAAGGUCGUCGUGAAGGUUCAGAAAAGGUAGUUAUUCUUAUCACCGAUGGUCAGUCAAACGCACAACGUCACUUAACCAUACCCAACGCUCAGGAGCUAAAGAAAAGACAAGUAAAGAUUUUAGUGUUUGUUGUGGGAUCUUACGUAAAGGGAAUGGACGAAAUGGUAAAGGUAGCCUCCGACCCGCCCAAGGAUUACAUGUUUAGAGUUAAAACAUGGAGUGGAUUUUAUGAGUUCACCAGACUCAUUUUACAGAAGGCCUAUCCAGGUAAAUGGAAAAUUUCUUCCGGUCAGUAUAAUCCUCCGUGCUGA